AUGAGUGCAUUUGCCGCCAACCUCGCUGAGUCGACAGGCACAAAGAGAGGGUUAAUCCACUUCGAGGAAGGUCCGAAGGGACUGAAGGAGCUCGAUGCAACCAUGCAGGCAUUCAAAAGCCAUACCUGCGACGCCAAUGGACCGAAGGAUAUUCGCACCGAAGACGUACAAAAGGUGCUCGUGAAGGGCAGCUGGGAGUAUAAGCUGGACGGCAACGAUCACGCACAGCAGAAGGAGAGCGAGCUUCUUUUCAUAGUUGGGUACGUUCUUAUGACGGCAUCGGGUAGCCAGGAGCUUGGUGAGUUGCUGAAGGCUAAGCGUUCUGGCGUGCAGGUCCCCAGCAAGGUAUUGGAGGACGCUCGAUACGUGGUGAAAGGCUUGAAUGAAUCGCGAGCUGGUGAGUUGAUUGUGGAGCAAAUACUCCCAAGGGCUAUUGACCUGCAUAUUGACUUCGAGGUGGAAGAAGGCGGCGAUGGGCCUCCAGACAAGUUUUAA